CAGCUGAUUUUCAAAGAUGGCUGUCACUGUACAAACAAAUAAAGUUUAUGGAAAAACGAUCUGAUAAACACGCAGUUGAGGCAUCAGCAAAAUACCAACCAAAUAAAAUCCAAUGCGAGGGAAUUCUCAAUGAUACGACACAAAAUUACAGAUUCAGGAGUGAAGAAAAUCGCCGAAAAUUCCUGCAUAAAAUCGUUCAAAUGCUGAGGGUAAAACAUUGGCUGGGUGAGCUUGGGGCCCCUGAAAUUGACGUUUCAUCCCCCAAAAGAGUCUAAACCACCUGCACCUCGUUGAAGAGACAUGGCAUACGAGCCCAGAAAUUCUAAAUAUCCUCCAGAAAUCCAUCACACUCACCAUCACCCACGACCAGCUGAUCCGAAUGCUUACCCAUACGCUCUGCACCCACCGCAAACCGAUGAAAAUCGUAACGAAAAUAAUUGUGACAAUAAGGAGACACAUAAACGUCAUUCCCACACAUCAUCUGGUACACAAACAAUUCAGAAGGUCGACGCUGCCACGAUGACUGAUCCACUGCGAAUCGACUUCAGAUUGACGUCUGAAUACCUGGCGAGGUGCUCCAAUAAUAUCGGAGGGCCUUAUGCACCCAAGUACGAAGAGAGCAGUGAGAGUUCUCACAGCUGUCAUCAGGCCAGGACUAAAGUCGAAUACGAUGUUGAACCUCGACAUAUCAAUGGAAUGCUAAUCUAUCACUGUCCAGAGUGUGCAUACCGUUUCCAAGACCGAGAGAGUCUCCACGAGCACCUCGAGGAGCAUCGUCAACGUCCGCACAUCUGCGACAUAUGCGGUGUCAGCCUCAAACGAAAGGAGCAUCUAGAUCGCCACAAACAGGGCCACAACAAGGACAGGCCCUACCAGUGCUCAAUGUGUUGCAAGGCCUUCAAAAGAAACGAACACUUAGCCCGACACAUGAUCAUUCACUCCGGGAGUAAAAAUCAAAUUUGUACGGAGUGCGGGAAGGCCUUUUAUCGCAAGGAUCAUUUGAAAAAACAUCUCCAGAGUCACAAUGGCACCAGAGGAAAACCACUUGGGGACGGCCACCAACAGAGUGUCAGCCAAGUGGAGGGGCAGCAGAACUCCAGCACCGAUGGCCUUGGCAAUUUUGCUAUGAUGAUGAGACAAGCGGGACCACCUCCAUUUUCCAUUCUACGAACCUAAAAACACGAAGGAGGAAAAAAACCUCGAUUCUGGCGAUCGAUUGAAGUUCAAUGACGGCAUGAAGGAAGAAAUGAACAUGUUUUAAUCGUUCAUAACUCGAGAUCGGCAGAGGGAAAUUUUGCGAUUUUAUUUUCAUUUUGAAGAUAUGAUUUUAGGCUUCAAAAUGAAUUUUGAUUUGGUAAAAUCGCAUUGUUUGAUCGGCAGAUAUCUGUGAAUUAUAAGGUGUCUUUCACUGGAAUUGUGAUUUAACAAUUAUUGGAAAUUCGUCAAGUGAAUUUAUUAAUUAAUUAUUGUGUUAAUUCCCCUAAUUAAGUUCUCGAUUAUUGAUAAUCGAAUGAAAUUUUUUUGUUUCUAUCGGCUUUUCCUGAGAUAUUUUUAAUUUUAUUCUGUUUAUCGUUUGUUUUAUCCAAGAAUUAUUGUUCUGUAUUUAUUCUACAGAAAAGCAUGAAUCAAUCAUGAAGGGAGAUGAUGAGCGAAUAAUAUCAACUGCAGAUUUUAUAAAAGUAAUAACAAUAGUAAGGAUUUUUUUAAUAGAUUAAAAAAAUAAACGAUUACUAACGACAACAUCACGUGCGUAAAUAUCUAAACGUAAGAUAUCUAAUUAUACUGACGUUGCAGCCUAAUUUUAUGUUAAUUUAAUGUUUCAACUUUUCGGUUUAUUGUUAUUGGUUAAGUAUAUCGAAUCAUUUUUUAAUUACUUAUUAUUAUCUUCACGGAGAGGGAGAAGUGUUAACAUUUUUUUUAAGUUAGAAUAAAUUAUGAAGAAGUUUGUUAUUCAUUGUAACAUAUUUCGAAUCAAUAAAGUAUUAUUGUGUAAAAA